AUGGUUGGUACUGAUCUACAAUAUUACACGCUUGAAGAAAUCGCCAAGCACGAUGGAGAGCAAGAGACAAGGGUAUGGAUAAUAAUAAGAGACAUUGUGUAUGAUGUUACAGAAUUUUUAGAACAACACCCAGGUGGUCCCGAAAUAAUACAAACAGUAGCAGGGAAAGAUGCAACGAUAGAAUUUGAAGACGUACGGCAUUCGUUCUUAGCUAGAAGACAAAUGAAAAAAUGGAAAAUUGGAGAAGUUGUUGCAGAAGAAAGAAAGUAUAAAGACGAAGAAAACCAAAGAAGUUGUAUUAUAAUAUGA